AUGCGGUUUCAGGAGAUCAAGGGGAAGAAAGACUUUGGAAGAAUAGAGAUCGUUAAUGAGAAAAUGAUGAACGUUGUUGCUGGACUUGAGCUGCACACUGGUGUUUUCAAUGCAGAGCAGCAGAAGCGUGCGAAUAAUUAUGGAGUAUGUCCAACUUCUAUUUGGGCUCUUGCUGCUGGGAACCAAUUUUCUAGUCUUUCGUAUGGAAACCAAGCAGAUCAACUUCUAACCGCUUCAAAAGGAUGGCAGAAUGGUGACUGGAUCUGCACUUGUGGCUUCCACAAAUGCUCUCCUCGUGCUCAGAACAUUGAUAUGAAUUCAUUGGGUAGUUGGGAGGAUGGAGCGAAUGGGUGGUCGGAGACCCUUUCUGAGCCCUCAAUGAGGUGCUACUAUCAUGUGGAGCAAAGCGAGCAUAUGCGGUUUCAGGAGAUCAAGGGGAAGAAAGACUUUGGAAGAAUAGAGAUCGUUAAUGAGAAAAUGAUGAACGUUGUUGCUGGACUUGAGCUGCACACUGGUGUUUUCAAUGCAGAGCAGCAGAAGGUGAUAGUUGACAGUGUGUACAAGCUUCAAAAGAAGGGAAAGGAAGGAAAACUUGAAGGGCAAUCAUUUUUAGUCCAACACUAG